CAGAUCAUGUGCCUCAGCGUUCAGCCACUGGCUUGGCUCUCCUCUCCCUGCUGCAGGAAGUCUAGCUUGUUAUUCUUUAUACCCCCUCCUCCACCUCUCCUCUUCUCCUCCAUUCGCCCUCCAUUUUUUCUUUCCUCUUAGAGCCUGACACCCCCAUUCACUCACACCAUUUCUCUCUGCGCAUUCGCUCUCUCUGCCUCCUGCUCUGUUAGGCGAAAGAGAGAGAGCUGUGUCUGUGUUGUCGUGCUGUAGAAGACGGCUCGUGAGAGGAGGAACCGUCACAACAGUGCACCGAAGGAGAGGAAGAGAAGGAAGAAAGAAGAGGAGGAAAGGAGAGGCCCCCACUGCGGCUAGGAGAUCCAGGGGCAGCCAAGUGAGAACCAGCCAGGGAAGGAAGAAGAGGCCCCCACUGUACCUAGGAGAUCCAGGGAAAACCCUGGUAAAACCAGCCAGGGAGAGAAGAAGAGGCCCCCACUGUACCUAGGAGAUCCAGGGGCAGCCAAGUGAGAACCAGCCAGGGAGGGAAGAAGAGGCCCCCACUGUACCUAGGAGAUCCAGGGAAAACCCUGGUAAAACCAGCCAGGGAGAGAAGAAGAGGCCCCCACUGUACCUAGGAGAUCAAGGGGCCAUGGAGGCCCAGGUGAGGGAUCUAUCCCUCCUGUCUCCCCUGGGUACCAACGAGUCCCUCCCUCCCCCCACCUUGACCCCGGCUGUACCCCCUUACGUGAAGCUAGGUCUCACUGUGGUCUACACUGUCUUCUACUCCCUGCUGUUCCUCUUCAUCUAUGUACAGCUGUGGAUGGUGCUGCGCUACAAACACAAGAGGUUCAGCUACCAGACAGUGUUUCUCUUCCUGUGUCUGCUGUGGGCUGCGUUGAGGGCCGUCCUCUUCUCCUUCUACUUCAGAAACUUUGUGACAGCCAACACUCUGGGACCAUUCCCCUUCUGGCUGCUCUACUGUUACCCUGUAUGCCUGCAGUUCUUCACCCUCAGCCUCAUGAACCUCUAUUUCGCACAGGUUGUGUUCAAGGCAAAAUCGAAACAUGCACCAGAGCUUCUGAAAUACAGGUUACCCCUGUACCUCCUCUUCCUGUCCAUCAGUAUGGUCUUCCUGGUAGUAAACCUGACCUGUGCCCUGCUAGUGAGGAUGAGCACCACAGAGACCCAGACCAUUGUACUGAUCAGAGUAGCCAUCAACGAUACACUGUUUGUCCUGUGUGCCAUCUCCCUCUCCCUCUGCCUCUACAAGAUCGCCAAGAUGUCCCUGGCUAAUAUCUACCUGGAGUCCAAGGGAACCUCAUUGUGCCAGGUGACAGCUAUAGGAGCCACAGUCACCCUGCUGUACACAUCCAGAGCCUGUUACAACCUGCUGGUUCUGGCCCUCACCAACGUUAAGAGCAUCAACUCCUUCGACUACGACUGGUACAAUGUAUCUGACCAGGCAGACCUGCAGUCGACCCUGGGAGACGCGGGGUACAUUGUGUUUGGGGUGAUUCUGUUUGUCUGGGAGCUGCUGCCAACCUCUCUGGUCGUCUACUUCUUCAGGGUCCGACAGCCUCACCAGGACAAGAGUGGGACGGGACUCCCAGGACACGUCUUCUCGUCCAGGGCCUAUUUCUUUGACAACCCUCGACGUUAUGACAGUGAUGACGACCUGGUAUGGAGCAUCAUCCCUCAGGAUGUACAGGCCAGUUUGACAGCAGACAGCUAUGAUUGCAGCAGCAGCACAGCCCUGCCCCCAGAGGAGCUCAACCCUUAUUGAAGACUUUCUAUUGGCCCUGAACCUUAUUUAAGAGCUCUGAUUGGUCCGGAACUUUUACAAGAGCUCCUAUUGGUCCGGAGCUCUUUUUGAAGUCUUCCUGCUGGCCCUGUCUCUUUUUUUGCACACGCCUACACUGAUGACCUCACACCCGAGGGCCUCGGAUCGAGACACGGGGGUGAAUAUCAUCAAGGACUUUAUUCAUUCUAUUUUCUACUAUUUUGAUAAAUAAAGUCAACAUAUUUUCUAAAGGGCAGUAAGUAUUGAGAUGAUGGUCUUAGGGGGCAUACAUAACUUGCACAAACAAAUAUGAAUAUGUAAAAAGGUUUAUUAUCAAGGUGUACAACAUUGGCAGCUAUGAGCUGAAUUGCACUGUACAGCCCAUCUGAAUAUGCAUUACCUGAAUUCACUAUUUUAAAAACAUGUUUACUGUAUGCAAUUAUUCAUUUACAGGUAUUUCCUAAUCUUGUAUGUAAAAUGUAUCCAUUUAUAUUCUCAAUGUCUCCUUUUCAUGUUUUUAACACAAGCAGCUAAAAUUGUUCAUAGGCAUUAGUUAUCUUUGUUGAGGGAGGAGAUGUACUGUACAUGUGUUCUGGUCUUUACAAUCCUCUCUCACAUUGCAGUCUCCAUAAUAAAACAACUAUUUUAUAAAA